AUGGCAUCAUGGACCUGCGGGAGGUACACGUGGGGAGGAUGUGGGAGCCACUUGCGCACCCUCUACGCCAGCAUUGACGAGGCAAUGCGUUGCACCUGCCGCUCAUGGCCCGGCGUUGUCAUGCCCGCCAGAGGCACAAACACUGCCACUCAGCAACCAACUCAGUCCAAUAACUCCUCCCAAGGAAAUGGAAAUCCUCAAAGGUUUUGCUCAACGGAAUUGCCAAGUAACAUUGUGAUUGAAGUGGAUAACAUGAACUUCCAUCUUCACAAGUCCCCUCUCAUGUCAAAGAGUCGAAAGCUUCAGCAGCUAAUAACUAACCAAGAAGCAAAUAAUUCCUCUGCUUCCACACCAGAAGCAGAAGAGGGAGGGAAACACUGCCAUUUGGUUCUCGUAGAUUUUCCUGGAGGAUCCGAGACCUUUGAAUUAGCCGCGGAAUUCUGUUUCGGCGCCAAAAUUGAAUUAUGUUCUUCCAAUGUGGCUCCUCUGCGCUGCGCCGGGGAGUUUCUAGAGAUGACGGAAGAACACUCCGAAGAAAACCUCAUCUCCAAGGCGGAGACCUUUCUCUCUCAGUCCGUUCUCAACAGCGUCAAGGACUCCAUCAUAGCUUUGAAAUCCUGCGAGCGCUUAAGGCCUCUCGCGGAGACUAUAGGCAUCAUGCAGAGGUGCAUCGAUUCCAUCGUCUCCGAAGCGCUGUUCAUGUGGCCGGUGAGAGAUUCCACUUUCACGCCGAGGAGAAGAAGCGGAAGAAGAAAAUGCGUAGUCGUUGGUGAAGAGGACUCUUGGUUUGACGAGAUCACGCUUCUAGGUUCACCUAUGUUCAAGCAAUUAAUUCUCGCCAUGAAAGGAUCAGAAUUGAAGCCAGAGAUAAUAGAAACCUGCCUUAUGCAAUACGCUAAGAAACACAUUCCAGGUUUGUCGAGGUCCAAUCGGAAGGCCUUGGCAUCAUGUUCUUCAGAAGCAGAACAGAAAGAGUUACUAGAGCUUGUGAUCUCAAACCUCUCGUCCAAGCACUCCACGCCGGUGAGGUUUCUCUUCGGACUGUUGCGAACCGCCACCAUGUUGAGCGCUUCCGAAGCAUGCAGAGACGUGUUGAAAAAAAAAAUAGGAUCGCAGCUCGAUGAAGCUACCCUGGAUGACCUUCUCAUACCUAGCUAUUCCUACCUAAACGAAACUCUGUUUGAUAUCGAUUGCGUGGCAAGGAUUUUAGGUCACUUUUUGGAAGAAGAACGAAACGUGGCAGCAAUCGACGGCCGCGUUCCAACGUCGCCAGCGCUGAUGCUCGUCGGAAAACUCAUCGACUGUUAUCUUUCAGAGAUUGCUUCCGAUGCGAAUCUCAAGCCAAAGAAAUUCAACGAUCUCGCUAUCUCAGUUCCUGAUCGAGCGAGACUGUUCCACGACGGUCUCUAUCGCGCCGUAGAUGUUUACCUGAAGGCGCAUCCAUGGGUUUCAAAAUCGGAUAGGGAGAAGAUUUGUGAAGUGUUGGACUGCCAGAAACUUACGCUGGAGGCGUGCACCCACGCCGCACAGAAUGAAAGACUCCCGCUGCGAGCGGUGGUUCGCGUGCUCUUCUUCGAGCAACUUCAACUGCGACACGCCAUCGCUGGAACGCUGGUGGCAGCGGAGGAGCCGGCGAGGACCUCGGUGGCGUCCGUGGAUGCGGAAGGUAGUGGAGCCGGAGAAGGAUGCACGCACGAUGGCGGCGAUAGCAAUACGUGGCAGGUGACGGUGAGGGAGAAUCAGGUGCUUCGCUUGGACAUGGAUAGCAUGAGGUCGCGGGUGCAUCAGCUUGAACGAGAGUGUUCUUCGAUGAAACGGGCGAUUGCGAAAAUGGAUAAGACGGGCCUAGAAGGUGGCGGGCCGUGGUGGGCCUCGCUCUCUCUUGGAAGGAAGUUCGGUUGCAAGUUCAAAACGCAGGUUUGUGAUUCGCAUGAGCCUACAACGGUGGUUGACACACGCGAGGGUAGGCCCCACCGUCGUCCUCAUCGUGAAUAA